AUGCCAGCAUCCAACCCCUCCACCUCCCCAGACGCCACGCCUCUGACCCUCCGGUUCAUCGACCCCACUGACCCAGAGCCGAAGAAGAAAAAGGCCCACAGGAAGAGCAGAGGUGGCUGUACACCAUGCAAACGGAGGAAGGUGAAGUGCGACGAAUCAACCCCCUGCGCGAACUGCAUCCGCCGCAACGAACCAUGCGCACGCCCGCAAAAGGCCUCCACCCCAGAGACGACGUCGUCCUCAUCGCCCGCCGCCGGUACAGGACCGGCACGGCCGGUAGACGCCUCGGGACCCGUAAACCUCCUCCACAUGCAACUCCUCCACCACUUCCAGCACGCGGCGAUCCCCACCCUCUGCUUCGCCGACGUCUGGGCGUCAGUCCUCCCGCUGGCCUUCCGGGCAGAGUACCUCAUGACGGCCAUCCUCGCCGUCUCGGCGCGGCACCUCAGCACCCUCAGACCAGAAGACGCCGUCUACAGGGAAGCGAGCCUGGCUCUCUUGUCCCGCAGCUGCGCGCUCUUCGGCGCCGAACUCGGCCGGGACGACGUGGCUGGGGGAGGGUACGACUCUCUCUUCUUCACGGCGCAGCUUAUACACUACCUCACGUGGUGUAAUCUCGAGUUCAGCGAUGGCUCCGACGACGCCGAUACCGCUCUCGACCUCUCCCGGGACCAGCUCUUCCUUCUCAGCUCCGGCGUGCGGGUCUUCCUCUCCGGGACUCGGGCGCAGGGAACAGACAGCAUCUUUGCCAGGGCAUGGCAGGACGCCCCAUGCGACGCCCUCGACAAGAUCGUCGCGGAACAAGGCAUGGAUCGCGGCCGGAUUCAGAGAGCCUUUACGGAUCGAUACGAUGAGAUGACACCCAAAGACCAAGGCACCACCCCGGAGCACCACAGUCACGCGGAUCGUCAACGCGCCGCCUUCGCCGGCAUCGUGGAACGGCUGUCCGUCAUCAUGGCCCUCUGGCAACACCGCAGCACGAAUCACCAGCCCCCCGCGACGCCCGACCUCGAGCGAUACAUCCUCGCCUUCCCGCUGUUUUGCUUCGGCCCGUUCCUCGACAUGAUUGUCGCAAACGACCCAAGGGCGCUGCUUCUAUUGUACCACUUUUACGAGACCUCGCGAUUGCUUCUCGGGGAGGACGAUGAGAAACCCACGUGGUGGGCGUGUGACAGACUCAGUGCCAUGCCAAAGAUGCUUGAGCAAGAGUUGCGUAGGAAGGGUAUACAGCCUGUGGUGAUGUGA